AAAAUAAAUUUAUUUGAUCAUCUCCUAAUUGAAUGUACUCAUUGAAUACUCAUCUUAUAUAUGGCCAAAGGACAAAUAUAUUGACAGCAUAAAUAAAAAAAUGGGAAUUUUUGCGGGUAAAAUAUUACCAUUAUUAAUGGUAAUUAUCAUCAUACCAUUAUUUGUAUUAUUUUUUCGUGCCGAAAUCUAUUUCCCGUAUCCGAACGGGUUACAAAUCUGUAAUGAAACACAUGAACCGAUUCAAGGUGAUAUCAUAAUCGAACGUUUUACUCAAGCUUUACGUAUCAAAACAAUAACCACGGAUAGAGGUGUUUAUGACCGUGAAGAAUUGUUACGAUUUGCUCAAUUUUUACGUAAAAAUUUUCCAACAAUUUAUUCAUCAUCAUUGGUUACUUAUGAAACGGUUAACAAUUAUAGCCUUUUAUAUCAUGUAAAAGGAAGUGAUUCAUCGUUAAAACCAUACUUACUUUGUUCGCAUAUUGAUGUUGUACCAGUUGAAUUAGAUAAAUGGGAAGUUGAUCCAUUCGGUGGUAUCAUCAAAGAUAAUAAUAUCUAUGGUCGUGGUACGAUCGAUGUUAAAGAUACUCUUAUGGCCAUUAUGGAAUCAUUGGAAUAUUUAUUGAAAAAUAAUUUCCAACCACAACGAUCAUUUUAUAUUGCAUUCGGUCAUGAUGAAGAAGGAAUGGGUCAAGAUGGUGCACAGGAAAUUGCCAAAACAUUCCAUCGUAAAGGGAUCAAAGAAUUUGAAUUUCUUCUCGACGAAGGAAUGUUUGUUUUUUCCGAUGGUUUUCCUGGCAUCAAACAACCGGUAGCAUUGGUUGGUGUAGCUGAAAAAGGUUUUCUUUCAAUCAUACUACGUUCGAACGGAACGGUUGGACAUUCAUCGAUGCCACCAUAUGAAACAUCAAUUACAACAUUGGCUAAAGCUGUGUCCAAAUUCACAUCAGAUACACAUAAAAAUUAUUUUGGUUAUGGACCUGAACGACGAAUGUUUGAAGAAUUUGCUCGAUAUGCUACUUAUCCGUACAAAUUAUUCUAUAGUAAUUUAUGGCUAUUUGGUCCAAUCAUUGCCAAAAUUAUGUCCGGUAAACCAAGCAAUAAUGCGCUAGUUCGUACAACAACUGCACCGACAAUUAUCGAUGGUGGUUUUAAGGAAAAUGUAUUACCAAGUGAAGCAACAGCAGUGAUAAAUCAUCGUAUACAUCCUAUGCAAACAGUAUCGGAUGUUAUAGAAUAUGAUCGACGAUUAAUCAAUGAUGAACGAAUUGAAUUAACAAUUAAAGGUGAUUCGAUUGAACCGCAUCCAAUAUCACCAUAUGAUCAACAAUCAUUUGGUUUCGAAACAAUACAUAAAUCUAUUCAACAGGUAUUUGCCAAUACUGUUGUCAUACCGGCAAUUAUGGUUGCAAACACUGAUACAAGAUGGUAUUUACCAUUCACUAAAUCUGUUUAUCGAUUUUCGCCAGCAUUUUUGACGCAAGAAACAACCAAACUAUUUCAUGGCCACAAUGAACGUAUAACGAUUGAUAAUUAUUUGAAAGUUGUUAAUUUUUAUCAUCAUAUUAUGAUCAAUUCGGAUCGUAAACAUUUGGAUCCGGCCAAUGUUAAAGAUGAAUUUUGAAAUUUUUUAUUUGAAAAUUAAAAUUUUGUUUUUGCUUUGAUUUU